AUGACGCGAUAUCUCGCGGCGUAUAUGAUCUCCGAUGGUCAAAAGUGGGAUCCGUUGCUGCUCAGCAAGAUAUCUGCAAAUGAUUCCACCCUCCGUUUCGAGCCGGUGGAAGGAGACUUACUACUUCCAGCAGGUUGGUCAUCACCUACUUUGCUUUUCACAACCUUUCUAACUCGGCCGUUAGUGUUUGACCAAGCACUGAACAUGUCAAUCAUCUUCAACCCCGACACUUACCUACCCUUCGCUAUCCGCACAUACGAAGACCAUCCCUUUUUCGGUCCUUCGACGAACGAUCUCCGAGUAUACGACUUUAUCUCGGUCAACGGCCUCAUGAUACCCCGUCAUUACAAGACCAUAUACAACAACCAGCGCUUAUGCAUCGACUUCCUUGCAGAUGACAUAUCGGUCAACACUGAAGUCGAGCCAUCGUUCUUCGAUGUCUCCGUCGAACGCGGCGAACUGAGCAUUCCCGUCGUUGACCCUGCCCUGACUGCUGAGAUCGGUGAGAAGUACACGAAUUACAUCUGGUUCGGUCGGAACAACUUCACAGUCGAGUCGCUCAGUGGAUCGCAACCGUACGCAGAUCUACCCGGCGUCUGGGUCGUCCGACCACCUGGUGUAUCCGCGUACCGCCAGAUCCUGCUUGAAACUGACACCUAUGUUGCUGUUCUGGAUGCUCCUGCUGAGAUCGUGGCGGUCUUGCUCGAAUGGGUCAGGAUCAACAUUGGAAAGCCAGUGUCGCAGGUGUGGCCUACGCAUCAUCAUCACGACCACGCUUUCGGUGUCAAGGGCUACGUCCAGAACGGAGCGGAAAUCGUCUGUCCUAAGAUGGCUGAGUCGUACUACGCCGAUAUCCCCGGCGCCAAGUUCGAAACCUUUGAACGCGGAGCGCCGCACAUCAUGGAGACCAACGGUUUCAGGGCCACGUUCGUCCACAUUGAAGGCAGCAUUCAUGCCCAAGACCAUAGUGUCGCCGUUAUUAUGCCUGCUUGUCCUACCGAGGACAGCACAGUCGUUGUCUUUGAUGCCGAUCAUGUCACCCAAGCGCAGUUGAUGGCAACACACAACGACCAUAACGAAAUUGCUCAACUGGUCAACGCUAUGGUGAAGCACCGGGUAGCGAAGUCAGCGGUUCUAGUCUCUGUUCACGGUGACUUGGCCAACAUGACUGAUGUCUAUGACGGGAUUGGUUACUUGUUUCCCGACUAUACGCCAUUUGACUUUGAGUACCGCGGCGACAAUUGUACCGUUUGA